UUAUGGAGUUUUACUCUGUUCCAGACAAAAACAGGAAGGAUGAGAGAGUCAGAGAGAGCUGAGGGCGUAGAGACGGAGAACAAGAGAAGACGCAGAGAAAGAAGAUACACCAAGAUGAAGACAGCCACAAACAUCUACAUCUUUAACCUGGCUCUGGCUGACUCUUUGUUCCUGGCUACUCUACCUUUCCAGGGCACCGACGUGUUCCUGGGCUUCUGGCCGUUUGGGAACGCCCUGUGUAAGGCGGUGGUGUCUAUCGACUACUACAACAUGUUCACCAGCACCUUCACUCUGACCGUGAUGAGCAUGGACCGCUACGUGGCCGUCUGCCACCCCGUCAAAGCUCUGGACAUGAGGACUCCUCACAAGGCCAAGGUGGUGAAUAUCUGCGUGUGGGUGCUGGCCUCAGCCUUCGGAGUCCCUGCCAUGGUCCUGGGAAAUGUGGAGGAGGAGCAAGAGCACAACAGUGUGGAGUGCAUCGUGGUUCUGCCUGAACCAAGGAGCCACUGGGAUCCUGUCUUUGGCACGUGUGUUUUCCUCUUCUCCUUCCUCAUCCCCGUGGCGAUCAUUAGCAUCUGCUACAGCCUCAUGGUGAAGCGCCUGCGCAGCGUCCGCAUCCUGUCCGGCUCCAAGGAAAAAGACCGAAACCUGCGGCGCAUCACAAGAAUGGUCCUGGUGGUGGUGGCGGCGUUCGUGGUCUGUUGGACCCCCAUCCAGAUCAUGGUCCUGGCUCAGUCGCUGGGCUUCAACCUGAGCAGCUUGUUCACGCUGGUCCUGAUGCACUUCUGCAUCGCGCUGGGCUACGUCAACAGCAGCCUGAAUCCCGUACUCUACGCUUUCCUGGAUGAGAAUUUCAAGCGCUGCUUCCGCGAGUUCUGCCACCCAUCGCCGUUCCGUCUCGACACCCAACAGUCGGGCAGGAUGAGGAGCAUCGCCAGGGAGGUGGCGGCGGCCUACAGCUGCAAGGCUGGAGAGGGUGGGGAGCACGGGGGCGGGACGCCUAAUCCUGCAUGACUAGGCGUGGAACUCCCCCUGGUGGGGGUCGACCCCCUCCAGAGGAGAGAGACUCAGGGGACGGGGAACUCCAACACAGAACUGACUCAAAUAACAGCCCUCUAGCGGCACGAGCCCCCCCACCCCCCAACUAGAAGACUGGCCUGGGGUGGGGGGGAGGGAGAUGAGGAGGAUGGAGAUGAACGGAAAAGGAUUUAGAGUGGACGUCUAAGGCCUGAGUGGUGGUGGAGCUGUGGGACGUCCUGGUAGGUAGAGAGGCCAAAAGAAGGUCCUGCAGAAAGAUGUUUGGCAUAAAGCCUCUGACUUUAGAAAACCUGAGGCAGGAACUUUUAAAGAACCCGACCAAGGUGAAGUGGACUUUAACCCAAAAAGAGGGCAGCUUUGUAGCAGCCCCUAAACCACGACCUCAGACUCUGAAUCAGCCAACUGAGCCUGAUAAACAGGUGCUGGAUCAAAGAUGCCUGGAGAAUGCGGGGUCUGACAUUUGAGAGAGCAUGUGGAACAGUACUGAUGGGGGGGCUGCAGGACCAAAACCUCUGCAGACUUCAUGGACUGUUUGGUAGAAGGACAGAGACUGUGGAGACCAAGGAACGCUUUCCAGGAAGACUUACAAAGUGAGGAAAUGAGGAACAAACUUUGGCUCAAGUGUAUUUAACGUUGAUGUUUUAAGGACUAAACCUGCAUCACAGCUGGAAAGACAGGAAGUGGUAGUGGUAGACCCGAAGCCCCCUGAUCUCAGGAUGGGGACUGUAGGUGCACAUGGGGGUGUUAUGCUGCAGAGCCCUCAUCAAGGCGUUAGUAGAAGGACACUGGGAUGUAGGAUCUGUGUAAAAAAUAUAGACUACGGUAACGGACUAUGUGCAACAAACAACUAUUGAACCACAGUUCUGGAUCUGGACCCAGAGGGUCCCAUGAAUGUUCUUUUCUCCAUGUAUCCUGAAACAAAUCAGCCUGAGAAAUCCAGUCGUUCUUUCUUCAAAGUUUUUGUGAAUUCAAAAAAACUUUCUAUAAUCACUUGUGAGUGUUUAAC